AUGGUCAGUAAUUCAUUACCAGUUUCAACCAACACUAAUAUUUUUGCAUGUUCUUCUAAUUCAUCACGUCAUGAACUGAUACGUAAAAUUGCUACUGAUAAUUACUUAAAUACCGCAAAUAAAAAGGUUAAAUUGCAUCAUGUUUAUAUAAAUAAUUUAACAGAAAAGUUUAAUCUAAAUGAUUGUGUAGGCGUUCAAAUCCAUACAGUUGAUCGUACAAACACAGACGCAAAACUUUUACCCUGCUUAAUUCUUGAAAGAAACAAAAAAAAUGAUGAUCUUGUUUUCAAAUUAGUUUGUCAAUACGGUAAACUACAGAAUGCAUUCUCAGUUGAGAAUAUUAUAGAUUUAAAAUCAGCUUGUCCACAAGAAUUAAAACAGCUUAAUGUUCAUGAAUUAAAAGAUAUUUCGUUUAUCGAAGCAUGCAAACUUUAUGUACGUGGGGCAGUAAGCGACACAUGUGAUUGUAAAUCAAAAUGUGCCACAAAGCACUGUCCAUGUAAAAAAGCUAAUGUACCAUGUUCGACAAAAUGUCAUUCAAAGCGAGGAGGUCGUCAGAAUAUGGGAGAAUAG